ACAGGGUGUACCGGGAUAGGAUGGCUGAAGAAAUGGAUUGUGACACUUUUGAUAAAAUCCAGCGGGAGAUGGUGAAGAAAUGCUACGAUGACGUUGAAGACACUUUAGAGCAGGUUAAACACAUGAAUAUUUAUUGCCAUUUUGCCAAAGGCCUCGGGGAACCUGGUUAUAGGCCAGUUCCAAGCUGGGAGGAGCUGAACCAGAUCCUCGUGGAAGCCUUGGACAGCUACAAUGAUGUCAAUGCUGCCAUGAACCUGGUACUGUUUGAGGAUGCCAUGUGCCACGUCUGCCGCAUCAACCGCAUCCUGGAGGCGCCGCGGGGGAACGCGCUGCUGGUCGGCGUGGGAGGCAGCGGGAAGCAGAGCCUGACCCGCCUGGCAGCCUUCCUCAGCUCCCUGGAAGUCUUCCAGAUCAUUCUGAGAAAAGGCUACGGUGUCCCUGACCUCAAGGUGGGGGACUUUGAAGGGCUGAGGUGGAGGGCAAGGAGAUAAAGAGCAGAAUUUGCCCUGAAGGUUUGUUGGGUGUUGGGAAAUAGAAUGGAGGAGGAUGACUGUGAGCCCAGGUGUGGCCAGGUGGGAGAGGACAAGGCCACCUGGAAUGUGCCAGUCCUGGGGUGGCAGCAGGG